CAAACAUGCAUAAACGCAGAGAGAGAGAGAGAGAGAUGGAAGAGAUACGAGUGGCUGCCUUGUGCUAUUAUAGAGACAGCCCGCCUGAGAUUAAGCAGAUGGCUCAGGAUCAAUUCAAUUCUAUGGAUCGGAAUGAAGAUGGGAAGAUCAGCAUAACGGAGUUCAAAGAAUACCUAGUCGGAGAGAAGUACGGUAAUAAUAAUAAUAAUUACUCAAAAUUAUUUGAAGAAUUGGAUAGGGACAACAAUGGGUUCCUAGAUUUCGACGAAGCCAUUGUCUUCUUUUACAUCUCGACAGCAAGAUUAGUAAUCUGCGGCGGGUGCGGAAUAUUGAUAAAGGAAAUAUACUUUACAUGCAUGGAAUGCUUCUGUGACAGAAGUCUAGAUGAGUAUAACCUUUGCUGCGACUGUUAUGCUUCUAAGAAAGGUCGCCAUGAAAACCAUAAAAAAUUUGUCGAUAACUUUGCGGCACUGCAACUCUUGAGAAAUAAAAUAGAAAAGAAAAGCUCUACCGAGUUGCAGAGCAAUGCGUCCGGAAAAAAGAUAGCUGUAGUUGUUGCAAAAUCUGUUCUUCGUCAUGUUGUAAUUCAUACAGCAGUCGCUACGUUCUGUAGCAUCAUGUGAUGGAUUGUGAUUUGUAUCUCUAUACAUAGAAGUCUUGUUCUUUGUUUCAACUCUAUCGGUGAUUCACAAAUAAAGGUGUGUUAAUGGUGUGGGAUGUAUACCAUUGUCAUUAAUAAACAUUGUUAAUGGAAAAUUUCUCUCCUCUCUCUC